AUGGAGCCGAAGGGGAGCGGCAGUAGCUUCGCACCCGCUGUAGCUGACGAACGAAAGGAUCGCCUAGACCUUGAAGAUGCGGUAUCCGGGAGGGACACGUCGACGCCAUCCGGCGUUUCGGCUGCGUACUCAUCAGCUCCCGCCUUCGAUUAUUCCAUCACGAAGGCAGAAAUACCAGGAUCGGUGGACCAGGAAGAGGUCGUUAGCGAUGCGCCGCUGGACUCCAAUACCCCUAUUUCCUAUCUCUACCUGACGUUCGACACGCCACUGCCGUGCCCAAAUGCUGGGAGACCGCAGUCGGACCGCGGCGACCUUCCGGCGUGUCCCAACCUUUCUCCAUACGCAGACCCGACGAAAUGGCCGUUGGCGCGCAAGGGGGUUAUGCUGAUUAUAUCUUGCAUGGCCACCUGCUUUACGGCGUACGCGGCCGGCGCGUAUUCCGAAUGUGCGGAUCUGAUCGCCACAGAGUUCAACACUACACGCGAGAGCGCUCUAGUCGGUGUAACUACCUUCUGCAUCGGCUUCGCUAUCGCCCCUAUGAUCUUGGCCCCGUUUUCGGAGAUCAACGGGCGCUACCCCGUCUUCGCCAUUGCCGGCGUCAUAUUUGUAGUCUUCCAAGCCGUCUGCGGCGUGGUCACAAACUUAGCAGGUAUACUGAUCGCCCGGUUUUUUAAGGGCGUCGGCGGAAGCGUGUUCAGCACUAUGGUGGGCGGUGUAAUUGCCGACAUGUACGAGAAGGAAGACCGCAACAUGCCGAUGGCGUUUUUCAGCGGCGCCGUCCUGGUCGGUACCGGCCUCGGGCCGCUCGUGGCUGCGGUAAUGGUUCAUCAGUGGGGAGGCGAGGGUCAGAAGUGGAAAUGGGUAUUUUGGCAUCAGGUUAUUAUAGAUUUCAUCUUGAUGAUUGCCGUCGUAGCCUUUUUCAAGGAGAGCCGCGGCUCGGUGCUCCUAUCGAGAAAGGCAAGAGCAUUGAAUAAAUGGUAUCAACAGCUGGAGGAGAAAGGGGUAUUUGGAGUUUAUAUCCCUGGAUCGAAUGGCGACUCCGAUAUCUUGUCGAGACUGGCGGCUAUCAGGAACGACGAUACGUCGGCCACAGAAAAGGGCCUGUCGGCGCCGUCAUCAGAAUCUAAGCUGAAGAGAUGUUCGGAGCUGCGGCGAAUUAGAUGGAUUGUUAAGGAAGACGAGCAGCAUGCGUCCCUCGUCACUAUGAUAACCGUAUCGUUUUUUAGGCCAUUCGUAUUUCUCUCUACGGAACCCAUCGUCUUCUUCUUCUCGCUAUGGGUAUCUUUCGCAUGGGGCAUUCUCUACCUGACUUUCGGGUCUAUUCCGCUCGUGUUCCAGAGACAGUACAACUUUAACAUUGAGCAAUCAGGCUUCGUCUUUAUUGCCAUGAUAAUAGGUUCCAUAUUCGCAACUAUCCUGGGUAUAUAUCAAGAAGGAAUGCUCAAACAUCCCAAGUGGCAAUCCGCAUCAGAUAGCUCGGGGACGGACAGCUCGGAAGACAGCUCCGAGGAGAUUGAUACAGGUACCGGAUUCUGGGCUUUUGUGCGACGAAAAUUUCCAGCACAAUCUCCCGAAUCGCGGCUUUAUUUUACCUGCUUCACGUCAGUGCUGCUACCGGCGGGUCUAUACCUAUUCGGAUUCGCGUCUCAGCCAUCGAUCCACUGGAUGGUUCCUACGUUUUCAAUAUUCCUCGCUACUAUGGGCAUCUUUUACGUCUACUUAGCUACGUUUAACUAUCUAGCAGACGUCUAUCAAGCGUACGCGUCAUCGGCACUCGCCGCACAGUCCUUCUGCCGUAACGUACUCGGCGGGAUAUUCCCUCUCGUCACAGGGUUGCUGAUCCGAAACCUCGGAGAAGACGCGAUGGGUGGGCUACUGGGCGGAAUUGCUACCGUAUUGACAAUCGUACCUUGGGCUUUGGUGUUGUUCGGAAGCAGAAUCAGGGCUCGGAGCUCGUUUGCUAUUGCGCUUGAGCAAAAGUGA